AUGGCGGAAAGCAGUGGGAAGUAUGAAGACGCGAAAACUUCUGCUGAGAUGUUACGGAAUACGCCGUCGAAUAUAAGGAGGUUAGCUGAUGAGAUACAGCAGUGUGAGGGGCGGCAGAAGUAUCUUGCACAGACUGGAAGCCCGUCGGAUGGGGGUGAUGUUAGAUGGUACUUUUCAAAGGUGCCAAUGGCGGAAAAUGAGCUAGCUGCUGCUGUCCCAAUUACGGAAGUAGUAGGGAAAGGUGAUUAUUUUCGAUUUGGUAUGAGGGAUUCUCUUGCAAUAGAGGCAUCAUUCUUGCAGAGAGAAGAGGAGUUGCUCUCAAAUUGGUGGAAAGAGUAUGGUGAAUGUAGUGUAGGUCCAAAAGGGUCACUUUCAUCCAUUCCCGAAUCAGAUCCACAAUCAUACGAUCUACCUUCCAGUCAAUCAAGCAAACUAUACACAGAUGAAGAAGAGAGAGUUGGUGUCCCUGUGAAAGGAGGCUUGUAUGAGGUAGACUUAUUAAGAAGACAUAGUUUUCCUGUUUAUUGGAAUGGAGACAAUCGGCGUGUUCUAAGAGGCCAUUGGUUUGCUCGUAAAGGGAGUCUUGAUUGGCUUCCACUUCGUGAAGAUGUUGCUGAACAGUUGGAGUUUGCUUAUCGUGGCAAGGUUUGGCACCGAAGAACAUUUCAACCAUCUGGAUUAUUUGCAGCCCGGGUUGAUAUGCAAGGGUCUACCCCAGGGCUACAUGCCCUUUUUACUGGAGAGGAUGAUACAUGGGAGGCUUGGCUAUAUAUUGGCUUAUCUGGAUUUGGUAGCAUGGUUAGUUUUGGAGUGACUGGACUUAAGUUGAGGCGUGGGUAUGCUCGAUCACAAUCAGCAAAGCCAACCCAGGAUGAGUUACGCCAGAAGAAAGAGGAAGAAAUGGAUGAUUACUGCUCACAGGUCCCAGUUCGUCAUUUGGUAUUCAUGGUUCAUGGCAUUGGUCAAAGUUUACAGAAAGCAAAUUUGGUUGAUGAUGUUGGCACUUAUCGCCAAGUUACAGAAAGCCUUGCUGAUUUGCACCUAACAAAUUAUCAGCGUGAAUCCCAAAGAGUUCUUUUUAUUCCAUGUCAGUGGAGGAAGGAUUUAAAGCUGAGUGGUGAAUCUGCUGUAGAAAGAUGCACAUUACCUGGUGUACGUGGAUUAAGGGUGACAUUGAGUGCAACUGUUCAUGAUGUGUUGUAUUACAUGAGCCCAAUCUAUUGCCAAGAUAUCAUUGACUCGGUUUCCAACCAAUUAAACAGGUUGUAUGUGAAGUUUCUUAAGAGGAAUCCUGGUUAUGAUGGAAAGGUUUCUUUAUAUGGUCAUUCAUUAGGAAGUGUCCUCUCUUAUGACAUACUUUGUCACCAAGAGAAACUUUCAUCCCCGUUUCCAAUGGAAUGGCUGUAUAAUGACCAUAAUACCCAUGAAAUUUCUCCCGAGGGCAAUUCAUCUUUGAAUUCAGGGGAUGAGGAUUUAACCACAAACAACGAGGGUGUUUUGGUAAUUCCUCCUGUAGAGGGUAUUGCAAGUGUUGACACAGAAGCUAUGCUCCCUGAAACACAUGAUUCGGAUGAAUCCACAAAUGACAAGGGUGUUUUGGUAAUUCCUCCAAGUGCUGACACAGAGGCUAUACUCCCUGAAGCACAUGCUCAAGAGUCUGAGAAGAAUGAUGAUUUGAAUGAAUCCACAGGCAGCAAUAGUGAAGCCAUAACAAAUCAAAUUGAUGAGGAAUUAAACGAAAAUGAUGAAGAUGUAGUGAUCAGAUCAUUGAAGGAAGAGAUUGAUAUGUUGAAUGCCAGAAUUAAAGAAUUAGAAUCACACAGUGUCAAAGAAAAUAAGCAGGGAGCUUCAAUUAUGACAAAUGAAAGUGGCUCUAAGAGUUCUCAAUCUUUGAAAAAUGAAACAAUGAAGAGUUAUAGACCUUAUAUAAAGUACACCAAGUUGCUGUUCAAGGUUGAUACAUUCUUUGCAGUGGGGUCACCUCUUGGUGUAUUUCUUGCCUUGCGAAAUAUACGUAUUGGAGUUGGUAGAGGAAAAGAUUACUGGGAAGAUGAAACUAUAAAUGAAGAGAUGCCAUCUUGUCGCCAGAUGUUCAACAUUUUUCAUCCUUAUGAUCCAGUGGCAUACAGAAUAGAACCACUUGUAUGUAAAGAGCAUAUUGAUAGGCAUCCAGUCAUUAUUCCUUAUCACAGAGGUGGAAAAAGGCUGCAUGUUGGCUAUCAGGAAUUUGUAGAACAAGUCGCAUCACGCUCCCAGGUGGUGGCUGACAACAUUAGCCAAUUAAGGGUUAAAGUACUGACAGCAUGUCAAUCAAGGGACAGUGAUGGGCAAGAAGAAACAUCAGAGGAAGCAGAAGAAAGAGGGAGACCGUAUGGUGCGAUAAUGAUGGAGAGGAUAACAGGGAGUGAAGAUGGGAGAAUUGAUCAUGUUCUUCAAAAUAAAACAUUUGAGCAUCAAUACAUAUCAGCUGUAGGGGCUCAUACAAAAUACUGGAGGGACCCGGAUACUGCACUGUUCAUAUUGAACCACUUGUAUCGCAAUAUACCAAAAGAAGCAAUUCUCGGAUAA